UGUAGACCUUCUAGAAGGUAGGCAAGUGGGCAAGUGGUCAAGUGGUGAGUCUAAGAGAACUGCUGUCGUCAAUCUUCCAUCCGUCGGUACAAAGAACAUGAUGAGGCCGGGGCCUGCGUCAGGUUUGGAUGGCGGCGGCGGAGCGGCCAGUUUCAGUGAUGAACGGAUGGUGCCUCACGGAGGCAAUGAGGUGGCGGUGGCGGCAGCAGUCUCAGAGAGCCGUUCAACGGAGAUCCAGCUGCCACUACGCGGGCAAUUGAUGCCGAGCAGGUUAGAGUCCGAGCUCCCCGUGUUGCAAGUUGUGAGCUUAUCGAGAACGCAAGAAGGUAGUGUGGACGACAAUGGAUAUGAACGAAGAGCUGGAGCCUUGGAAUUGGAUGGCAGAGCGGAGGUGGAUGAGAACGAACCGCUUCUUCCACCUUCGUUGGAGAAAUCGUGGUCGUUCUUGUCCUCCUCUUCUGGCGAGCAAUUGGGAUCGAAGGAAGGGGAAGUAGUUUCUGAUUGGCGCACAAAGCCUUCUCUCGGCGUCUUUUCCAUUGAUUCAUCUCCCGUUGAACAUGUGCUGGAACCGGGAUCAGUAUCUCUUCGUCACUGCGUGAGCAUGGUCAUUUCCAGUGUGAUUGGCAGUGGGAUCUUUGCGAGUCCUGGCCUGGCGUUACAAGAUGCGGGGAGUGUGGGGGCGGUUUUGUGUCUUUGGGUGUUGGGAGCGUUUCUAUCGGCUUGUUCGUGCAUGAUCUCGGCGGAGCUGGGGACCAGUUUUCCAGAUCAGUUGGGUGAUGUGCGGUUCUUGCAUGAAGCCUUUGGCGAAGUGGCUUCGAUCUCCUACAUCUGGACAGUUCUCACCGUGCUCAAUGGAGCUGGGUUGUCCAUUCAAGCGAUGAUCUUCGCCAAGUACCUUUUGCCGCACUCGGCGGUCGGAGAUGAGGUUGCUGCAGUGACAUGUGUCAUCUUCUUCACAGUCGUAGCAAUAUCGGGAGUCGCUUUUGAAGAGAAGAUCCAGAUUGGCAUAGGAGGGAGUCGAGCGUUGUUGGUGGGGAGCAUGGUCGCAAUGGCGGCGACGAGUCUAUGGCGUGACGGAUCGGUAGCUUCGCGGAACUUGGUCGGUCAAGUGUUCGGUGGCACAGAUCUUAAGGGCCUAGGGCUGGGGCUGAUCGAUGUGAUGUUCGCGUAUCAAGGUUUUGGCAUGGUAGUCAAUUUGGCGCCCAGGAUGGCCAAGCCUGAUCGGGAUCUUCCUCGGGCUCUUGGAUUUGGAAUGCUAUCUAUCAUGGUGGCGUAUCUGCUGCUAAAUUUGUCGUACCUGUGCGUCUUGCCGGCGGGGGACAUGGCAUCUUCCUUGGUUGUUGCGAACGAUGCCGCACAGCGGGCAUUUGGUCAGAGAGCGUCUGUCGCCGUCGGCGUGCUCGUUGCGGUGUCGGUCGCAGGAAACUUCCAGACGGUGAUGAGAUGUGGGGCGGAGGGGCUGCAGGGCGCGGCCGCGGUCGGGAAAGUCCCAGCUUGGUGUGGGAAAGGGAACAAGGAGCCGGUCGCGGCAUUGGUCUUCCAGUGUGUCUUGGCCGUUGUCCUCAUUUUGCUCCCUUGGAGCAACAUCAGCGACCUGUUGAAGUUUUCUAGCUUUCUGAUGACGUUCUUUGACUUGAUGAAAGCUAUAGCCGCCAUCAAGCUCCGAACAGACAGGCCCUUCCAAACGCGGCGUGUCGUUCUGCAACAGAUUGCCGAUCACACAGACGCAUCCCGACGAACAAGAAAAGGAGCUGGAGGUGGUGGCGAUUGGUCUGGAGAAGGAGAUGAUGCGAUGAUGGGAGAGAAGGAGAAAGGUGAGAGUGAUUGGUCUGGAGACGUAGAAGAUGCGACGGGAGAGAAAGGACAAGGCGAAUUAGAAGAAUUAAGGCAGCCGUUUAAAAUUCCUUGUUAUCCCCUCGAGCCAGUUGUGAUGAUCAUUUUAUUGACAAUUAUUCUUUUCACAGCCGGAAUUACGCAGCCUAAAUACGCAAUCACAUCUGUCCUUAUUGUUUGUACCCCGUAUCCAGUGUACAGAGGGCUUCUAUGGAUCGGAUGGGUGACGUAAUUAUUUUUUGUAUUAAAAUUUUAAAAAUAAAUUCUUUGCACGGUC